AUGGAUUUUAGAAACUUAUCUGCUAAUCAAAUGGACAACAUAGUACAGCGUCGUCCUUCCUUGUCAUCCCUAUCAUCUGCCUCGGGAUACUCCUCAUCCUCGACGCCUUUCAAUACAAAGAGCUAUACUCCAAGUAACCUCAUGAGUAAAGACUUGCAAAGUUCUUGGCUUAAUCAACCGAGUUCCACCUCAAUAGGCCCCUGGGUGGAACAACAACAACAGCAAACACUUGACGCUUUGGAUAAGACGACUUUGGAUAAACCAAUUAAUGAUGAGACGAAACCUAAUGAUAAUGAACCUCACGAAACCCACGACAAUAUCGACGACGACGAACUUAUCCCCACUGCAAUCGUUAUUAAAAAUAUUCCAUUUGCUAUUAAGAAAGAGCAGUUGUUGGAAGUUAUGACCAAACUAAAUUUGCCCUUACCAUAUGCUUUCAACUACCAUUUUGAUAAUGGGGUGUUUAGAGGCUUAGCGUUUGCCAAUUUCACGUCCACAGAUGAAACAUCCCUUGUGGUGAACCAAUUAAAUGGGAGAGAAAUAGGAGGUAGGAAGUUGAGAGUUGAAUAUAAAAAGAUGCUACCAGCGCAAGAAAGAGAACGUAUUGAGCGUGAAAAGAGAGAAAAGAGAGGUCAAUUGGAAGAACAACAUAGAUCAACGUCCAAUGCUUCCUUAGCGUCUUUGCUAUCGCAAGCCUCCACAACUGCGGCAACCAAAAACCUCAGCGUGGCUGGAACUUCGACCUCACAAGAACGUAUUUUUUUGAAUUUGCCAUUUGGUUGUUCACUGUUUAGUCCACCUGAGCUUAAUUUUAAUGAUCCCGAAAUUUUAGAGCUAUACACACAAUUGGUGCUUUACCGCGAUGAUGCAUCCAAGACGGUGUUUGAAUUGGCAAUCUCGCCAUUAAAUUUAAACAUUGCUCAAAGAAAGAUUAUAUCAUACGUUUGCAACUAUCUAAAUUUAUUAGAAUUGUUUGAUAAUGGCAUGAUUAUAAUUAGAAGAAAGCCCGGCCACAUUUCAAUUGCGCCUGGACAGACACGUCAGCAGCCACUUCAUUCUGCCUCCAUGAUGAAUCUCAACCAGUUGGCAAAUCCUCCUGAGUUGUUACGAUCACACUCGCAAUCCGCGAUACCGAUGCCGAGGUUGAGACAACAAGCGUCCACUCCAACUCAGCAGCAGCCUCAAAUUGUCUAUCAACAGAGGCCAUACACCCAACAUGGGUAUUACCAGCAAUCACAGCAGCCACCACAAUUGGCACAAAGUUUAUCAGCAGGCAGUUCAGCUGCUGCAUUGUUAAGGACGAAUAAUAACAGGUCAUACGUCGAUGUGAGGUCUACUCCACCAUUAAACCAGCAAGAAAGCCAUCCAAUGUCGCAACAACAGCACCAAUUCUUCCAACCAAACCCUGCUACUACUACAACAACCACUAAUACCAAUGCCGCUGCUACGAACACAAAUAAUGCUCCCUCACAACCUCAGACACCAUCCAGUGGUUCUAUCUGGGGCCCAAGAUUUAUAUAG